AUGGACGACGACCACGAUCUCCCCGUGUCGGACUUUGGCCUCGACAGCCCCAGCCCGCUUCAGUCGCAGUUCAACAGCCUCUUUGCCGAGUUCGCUCGGUCUCGUCCCCACAUCUCACCUCCUAGAUCCCCCUCGACCCGCCGGUCUCAUCAUGACCGUCCCAAAGAGCCCGAGCAGUCAGAGCAGCCCUCUUUGGACUUGCGCUCGCUCGAAUACGCCGAGGACUACGACUCCCACUUGAUGUGCCCGAUCUGCCAUGUGCCGUUCGUCGAUCCCGUCGUCCUCGAAUGCGACCAUACCUUCUGCGAGUCCUGUCUGCACGAGUACCGGCAUGGUGGCCAGAGCGGUCAGCGCAAUCAGUGUCCUACCUGUCGAGCUUUCGUCUUGUCAAUUUCCCGCAAAGCCUCCCGCCUCAUCGUCAAUAUGUGCAACGAGGUCAAGGUGAACUGCCCCAACGAGGACUGUGGACAAGUCGUCCCUCGAGGCUAUAUUGAACGACACGCAACACGGGAAUGUCCCCAACAGCGACUCAAAUGCCCUGAUGCAAGUUGCGGCAAGAUGGUUAAGAGGAGGAAUUUUGUUCCGGAGCAAUGCAUUCAUUCCUCUCACAUCGAGUGUGAUUGUGGCGCCGUCAUCGAGUUGGGCAAGGGCGACUGGCUCAGGCACAAGGAUGAAGACUGUCCCAACACGGGCGUCAAAUGCAAGCAGUGCGGCCAGAGGAUCUCAGCCAGAGAUUAUUUGAACGGGGUGACUAGCCAUAUCUGUGACCGGGGCCAUGCCUGUCCGGGAAAGGAGUACGGGUGUACAGACGAUGUCCGUCCCGAAGACCUGGACCACCAUGUGAGAUCCUGUCCGUUAGCGAGAAUGGCUCCGCACCUCAAGAAACAAUCACAGCUCUUGCAGUCUCUGCAAGAACAAUUGGCCAUGGUCAAAGUUCGGAACGAGGUCCUCGAAACGGGCUUGGACAAAAUCAAUGACAUUGUCAACGACCGAGUGCUGCCCCACAUCGACCACCUCGACCGUUCUCCUCCUCCUGAGUCGGACAUCGAGGAGAUCGAACGCGAUCACAUCCCGUCAGCCAUUUCGCACCGCGAUCUCCUGAUGCCGGCACAUCUUCGUGCCUUGACCCCCUCGCCCGUCCCGAUGGCUAGCACAGUCUCGCAGACAGAACAGCAUUUGCUGGCCCUGCACGAAUCGUUGCGAGGGACUGUCGACGGGCUAGAAAACGACAUCACCGUCAUGGCCGGCAAUAUAGCCGACCUUGACGCCCGAACGUCCAUGCAACUAAUGAACGAGACGCUACGAAUCAAAGAGGAGCUCGCUCAUAUCAACGCGGCCUUGUUCAGCACUCGAUCGCAAGUCCAGUGGCUCCUCAAUCGCGAAAGGAUAGGCCAACAGCAACAAGCGAUGGGUAUGCGUGGGCGCACGCCUUCCGUUCAGCCUCAGUCCACGAACCUAGAGCCAUCCGCUAGAAGUUCCGUCUCGGAGAGCACAGAUCAUUCGGCGCAAGGGUCGAGUUCCGAGAGGCAGCCAUCCCCAGGAUUUGUCGCGUCGAGUCCAAGUUUUCGGCCACAGAUGAGGCGGCCGAGUGGUGGAAGCCAGGAGAGGGUGAAACUGUGA